UGGUUUGCCUCCAAACAAACGCAAUUAUCUCUCUAGAUUUUAGGAAUCAAUCAUAUUCGCCUUCCUGAAUUUCUUCCUUUCUUCUCCGAUCCUCUACUUCUCCAAUUUUUGGAGCCCUAGUUUCGUUUCGCAUUCUAUUCCACCAGUUUUGCGGUUGUUUCAAGUGUUAAAUUUUCCUUAAAUCAUCGCACUUCGAGUUUGAUGGUUUUUUUUCCUGAGGCUUCGAUCUCCACAAUUCGAUACCAUGGCGGCCGGUGCAAUGGCAACCUAUGCGGGAGCCGCCUUGAUAAUUUAUUACGUUCUGAGCCGGAGAUUAGCAGCAAAAGGCGAUGAAGAUGAUCGGAAUGGUAAUUUGUCCAAAUCGAUUAGAUCGGGAAGGAGAAGGAUCUCUCGGAGGCCGGCUCAGGCGCCGGCGACGUGGUUUGAGACCAUAACUACUCUAUCGGAGACUCUUAGGUUUACAUACUCAGAAACCUUAGGGAAAUGGCCGAUCGGUGACUUGGCAUUUGGCAUUAAUUACUUGAUGCGGAGACAGGGAAAUUUACAAGUUGCUAAUGUGUAUGCGAGCGACGACAGUGUACAACUUAAAGGUCCUGAAAUUAUCGCAGAGUUGAAGAGCUUUUUGCGGUUGCUCACCUUCUGCAUGUUUUUCUCUAAGAAACCGUUUCCAAUAUUUUUGGAAUCUGCCGGCUAUUCUCAGGAGGAUGUGCUUAUUCAAAAACCAAAAGCUGGGAUUUUGAAGCCUGCCUUUACAAUAAUUCGUGAUAGUAAUUCCAAAUGCUUCCUUUUAUUGAUUCGGGGUACUCAUAGUAUAAAAGACACAUUAACUGCAGUAACUGGUGCAGUGGUUCCUUUCCAUCAUUCAGUUUUACAUGAUGGUGGGAUAAGUAAUCUAGUUUUAGGAUAUGCACACUUUGGGAUGGUUGCAGCAGCUCGUUGGAUUGCGAAGCUAAGCACUCCUUUCUUACUCAAAGGUCUUGAUGAAUUUCCCGACUACAAAAUAAAAAUUGUUGGGCAUUCUCUUGGCGGUGGAACCGCUGCUUUAUUAACAUAUAUUCUUCGAGAACAGAAGGAGUUCUCCUCUAGCACCUGCGUCACAUUUGCCCCAGCUGCUUGUAUGACAUGGGAGUUGGCAGAAUCGGGUAAUCAUUUCAUUACUACAAUUAUUAACGGUUCAGAUCUGGUGCCCACCUUCUCUGCCGCCUCCAUCGACGACUUGCGAUCUGAGGUGACAGCAUCAUCGUGGCUGAAUGAUUUACGAGAUCAGGUAGAACGUACCAGAGUCCUCAAUGUUGUUUAUCGCUCUGCAAGUGCUCUGGGCUCGCGCCUUCCCUCUAUAGCUACAGCCAAAGCUAAGGUCGCCGGUGCAGGCGCCCUGCUCCGCCCCGUCUCUACCACCACUCAGGCUGCGGUAAAAAGUGCGGUUGUGCGAACUCGGUCCUCUCUGUCUUCUUGGUCCUGCAUGGGGGCUCGCAGACGAAACGGAAGCACUUUAUCGGAUCCCACAGAGGAGUUGCCUGAAGCCCCUCUGAUAACAGAAAGGAAGCACGAAUCAUUCAUAGCUGAAGAAGUUACAACACUUAAUACAAUUGAAAAAAAAAAGAAGCUAGAUUCUGGCUCUUCUGGUGAUGAUGGUAUCUCUGAUGAUCACGACACCGAUGAGGAGCACCACCACCACCUCAUACAUGAAGAAAGAACCGACGUCGAAGACAUUACAGACGGCGAGUUGUGGUAUGAACUGGAGAAGGAACUACAGCGACAAGAUGUGAUUACUCGAGAAGCUGAUGUUGUUGGUCCAGCAGCCACAGAAAUUGAAGUGGAGAGUAUGCUAAUAACAGAUGUUGAGGGAAACAGUGAACAACAACCAUUGUCUUCUCUGGAUGCUUCGGAAAAUAUUCGAUUCUAUCCUCCUGGAAAAACAAUGCAUAUUGUCUUAGCCUCCUCCUCGCCGAAUUAUGAUAACUUAGCUCACGACGAUGAUGAUGACGAGAUUGUGCAAGAAAAAGUUGGUAUAUAUGAGACGCCUAGAGAACUGUACAGCAAACUGCGUCUGUCUCGAACAAUGAUCAACGAUCAUUAUAUGCCUAUGUACAAAAAGAUGAUGGAAUUGUUGAUCAACGAACUUGAAAGUGAUGUAUCCAGUAGUUGCCGAAUGUCAAUAAUUUCAUAAAAUGCUUUACAUAUA